CAUAAGAAAACAUUUUCUGCUGUUGCGUAACAAAAAGUAUAAAAGCCUUCCAGUAGAUCCAACCAUUUAUUUGUAUAUAUAUCUCAAAUUCAUAUAAAGUUGAUCUACUCCUGUGUUAUACAAUAGAAGAAUAGAAAUGUUAUGUUAGCCUUGCUUCACGUUGUAGACCUUCCAUAUCUGUUCUCUUAUUAAAUAAGUACAAUGAAAUCAGUGCCAUGCAACCACUUGCACGAAACAUAUUAAGAAAAUGGUUUACUGAAGGAAAAUCAAUACCCGGCUGUUUUGUUUUUUCAUCGAUUUAGUAUAACAAAGCAGUUUCGAUUUAUUUUGUGCAUCCGGAAUUAGUAAUAAUCAGCAAUAAUGCUUGCCUUUCUCCAUACAAAAGUUGUAUUGGCAACGGCAACAGUAAACUCAUGCAGACUUCAAUCAAGGAGUUUAGCAUCGGCAGUGUCCACUUUGAGAGAACAGUUACAACAGGAGCUGAAAGAAAUUGAAUCCGCAGGAACGUACAAGAAUGAAAGAGUCAUUACAACCAAGCAGGGGACAGAAGUUAGCGUGGAAGGAAGUACGAAGGGAAAAUUGCUUAAUUUCUGUGCAAAUAAUUAUCUAGGACUCUCGUCUCACCCGGAAGUUAUUAAAGCUGGGAAACAAGCCUUGGAUCAGUAUGGUGCAGGAUUAUCUUCGGUUCGAUUCAUUUGUGGAACUCAAACUAUUCACAAAGAACUGGAAAGAAAAAUAGCGAAAUUUCACGGACGCGAAGAUGCCAUAUUAUACGCGUCUUGUUUCGACGCAAAUGCCGGAAUUUUUGAAGUUUUGACAACUCCAGAGGACGCAAUUUUAUCCGACGAGUUGAACCAUGCUUCCAUCAUUGACGGAAUUCGCCUCGCCAAGGCGCAAAAGUACCGCUACAAGCAUAAAGACAUGUCCGACCUAGAGUCAAAACUCAAGGAAUCUCUCGACAAAGGGACUCGUCGUCGCUUCAUCGUGACGGAUGGGGUCUUCAGCAUGGACGGAAAUGUCGCCCCUCUGCCUGCGAUUCAAUCCUUAGCAGAAAAGUAUAACGCUGUCGUUUUCGUGGACGAGUGUCACGCCACGGGUUUCUUUGGAAAGACGGGUCGUGGGACGGAAGAGUAUUUGGGGUGUAAAACUCCCGUAGACAUUAUCAACUCCACGCUGGGCAAGGCGCUGGGAGGGGCGGCCGGAGGAUACACAACUGGACCCAAGGAAAUUGUGGAUCUGUUGAGACAAAAAUCGAGACCGUAUCUAUUUUCGAAUAGUUUGCCCCCUCCUGUUGUAGCUUCGAGUUCAAAGGUGUUUGACUUGCUCAUGACCUCGUCCGACCUAACGCAAAAAGUGGCCAGCAACACGAAGCAGUUUCGUGACGCUAUGACCAAGGCUGGAUUUACAAUUUUGGGUGAAAACCAUCCAAUUUGUCCCGUUUUUAUUGGCGAUGCUAAACUUGCUUCGUCAAUGGCAGAGAAAAUGCUGGCGGAAGGGAUCUACGUGAUAGGAUUCAGCUUCCCCGUCGUGCCCAAAGGGAAAGCUCGAAUACGCGUCCAAAUCUCUGCCGCACAUCAGCCCCACGAGAUUGAAAAACUUAUUCACGCCUUCACUAAGGUCGGAAAAUCUCUGCAGCUCAUCUCAUAAAUACGAUUAAACAACCCGUCCCAUCAAUAUUGUACUUGAUAUUAUGCGAAAUAAUAAAAAAACAACAAUAUUUUCUCACGA